GGGCCAGCCGGGCUGCCGAGGGCGGUGGCCGGGGCUGGGCGAGGCUCCGAGAGCGCCCCAGAGUCUGUUCCUCGCUGCGCUGCGCUCCGCUCCGCUUCUCUCCGCUGCAGCCAUGUCGAAGUUCCCCUCAUCCCCGACGGAAACGGAGCGCUGCAUCGAGUCCCUGCUGGCCGUCUUCCAGCGCUACGCCGGGCGCGAAGGCGACAACUGCACGCUCUCCAAGAAGGAGUUCCUCAGUUUCAUGAACGCCGAGCUGGCUUCCUUCACAAAGAACCAGAAGGACCCAGGAGUCCUGGACCGGAUGAUGAAGAAGCUCGACUUGAAUUGUGACGGGCAGCUGGACUUCCAGGAGUUCCUGAACCUAAUUGGGGGCAUCGCGCAGGCUUGCCAUGUUGCACUGUGCGUGCAGGCUCCCCCCGGCCACCACCCGACCAAGAAACUGUGACCCCACCCAACCCACACCUACAGCCCAGCAAACAUUCCCGAUGCACCCUGUGCAACGGUCAGCUGCAGACCUGCCCCCAGCAUGUGUGUGUGUGUUGAGGGGCUCUCCUUGCUUUUGUAUCAGUAAAAGAAUGGUAUAAAAAUUC